UCGUUUUGAUUGAGCCUGUUCAUUGACCUUACUGGAAAGUUUAAAGCCGCGGAUAAAAUUUUUAAUUUUAUAACAUUCUUUUAAUUGAUGUUUAUACUUUCAUGUUUAUUACAAGGAACACAAUUUAAUUGAAGUGGUUUAUUCAUUAACCUUGUUUCGCUGACAUAAUUGUACACAGCACUUAUGUCGGUCAAGUAGAUUGUGUUCUGAAAUAAGUCAUUUGUAAGUUGGUUUUAGAAGAAGAAAGAUGCUUGUGAUAUUUUAUCUUGUUGGGAUUUUUAUUUCCGAAGUGAGAUGUGGUUAUUAUUUUGUAUUGGCGCCUAAUGUAAUCCGUUUUGAUCACGAGGAGACAGUUGUUGCGAGCGUAUUUGGUCUCAAAAACGCAAAGAUAAGUAUUUGGCUUCAACAUGGCGAAAAAAAGUUUUCUCAGAAAGAUGUCACUGUCAUUGAUGAAGAAACUCCAUCACAUGUAACAGUUGAAGCAAACGUUACGUCAUUGUUCGACCCUGAUAUUGAAGAAGAAAAACCUAGAACGAUUAAACUUUGUUCUCAGUGGAAUGGGAAGAGUCAAUGUAGAGAUAUAGUUCUUAGUUAUAGAACUGGGUAUUUGAUUGUACAGACGGACAAACCUAUUUACACACCUCGGCAAAAAGUGAGAGUAAGGGCGCUGGCACUUGACGAAUCAAUGAAGGCUGUUGAUGGUUGGCAAGUUGCCAUGGACAUUAUUAGUCCAAAAAACGCCACGGUGGCAAGAAAAAUAAUAAAGCACAGUGAAACCGGCUUCUACGAAAACAUUUUUAUAGUGCCCGAGUAUGCAGAUACAGGUAUAUGGACUGCAAGAGCUUUUUAUAGAGGACAGCUUGAAACACAGUUUCAUUCACGUUUUGAAGUAAGAAAGUACGUUCUUCCAACGUUUGGGGUAACUAUAAAUGUUGAUGUUCCAUACAUAACACCCGACACAGACGAUAUAACAAUUACUGUAAAAGGCAGAUAUGUCUAUGGAAAGCCCGUUGAUGGAAAAGCAAAAAUAACUUUGAAUUUAGUUGACCAAGAUGGAAUAAGUGAAUUCCUUCUAGAGAGUAAUUCACUACGGCUUGAACCAAGUAGAACAGAAAGCAUUAAAGAAUUCAAGAUCACAGUUAAAGCUAUCCUCGAAACUCCCUUACUAAAGAAAAAAAAGUUUCCAGAUGGAUGUCGUUUAGAAGUGAUUGGCAGAGUCUAUGAAAGUGUAACCGGAAAAGAAGAAGCUGCAGAAAACGAAGGGACUAUAUUUGCUACAAAACCGUAUAUUUUUAAGUUUACAAGAUCAAGAACUCAUUUUCAACCAGGAAUGGAGUACUUUCUUAAGGUCGAUUUGUUAUACGCAAAUGGAGAGCCGGCAUCUAAGAAAAAUCUCAAGCUAAAGAUAUUUGAAAACGGCAAUCAAAGUAGUAUCAAACCUACUUCAGUAACUAAAGACAACGGAAAAGCUGGUUUUAAUUUUCAAACGAGCAACAGCACGAAAAUCAUAAGGGUCGUGGUAUCAAUAACUGAUGAUAGCUAUAAAAGUGAUGAAUUUGAGAUUACAGCAUAUGUCGGAAAGAACCAAAUCCAAGUGGAGCAUGCAAUAAUUAAUGAAGAUAUGGUAAUGCGAGCGUUCACAAGCAUAGAAGGAUCUGACUAUACCGGAAUAUUCUUCGUUGUUAUUUCAAAAGGGCAAAUUCUACACACCUUAUUCAAAAAAAACGACAAAAUGGUAACUGAAAAAAUCACAGAAGAAAUCCAAGAAAAAGUCUCUCCAAGCGGCCGAAUUCUCGCAUAUUAUGUCGACAAGAACUCACAAGAACUUGUUGCUGAUUCAAUCAAAUUUUUUGUUAAAAAGGGGUGCCUCGUUGAUGGGCUCAAACUUACAACAAAGACAAAUGUGUCGCCUGGUACUCUUUUGAAUCUCAAAAUAUCUGCUUCAUCACAUAUGUUUGUUGGUUUAAGAGCAAUGGACAAAUCUUUGUAUCUCCUCAACAACAAAACAGACGUGAGUAAAUCAAAGAUAUAUGACAUUCUUGAGUCGCACGACCUUGGUUGUGGAACUGGAGGUGGGAGAAACAGUGCAGAAGUAUUUAAAAAUGCCGGUACGACAAUAUUAACGAAUGCAAAAUUAUCAGUGAAAGAUCUCUUGCGGACAGCUGGUGACUGUGAAGAAAAUAAAAGAAAAAAACGGGACACCGAAGGGUGUUAUUUUGGAGCCGAUGAAGAAUGUUGUAAUAAAGGAUACUCUUAUGCCGAAGUAUUGCUUGACGAAAAUGAUAUGACAGAACCUAACGUUCGUUGUUAUGCAAAAGCAAGGAAAAUGGCAGAAACAAAAACUCUUCCUGUAAGAUGCAUUUUGGCAUAUCUUAAGACGUGCACUGAGACACUUCAUUUCUUUAUGUCAGGAAAAAAUACGGACAUACUUUCUAAAUCAUUAGACGACGAAAACGAGUAUUCAACGGACAUUAAGAGUUUAUCAAAAAAUUACAUUUAUCCAGUGUUGAGAUCUGAUUUUCGGGAGUCCUGGCUUUUCAUAGUUGAAAACCUUGGCACAGCAGGAGAAAGGGAAAUAUCGCCUAAGAAGUACCCGGAUUCAAUUACAGAGUGGAGGAUUGAAGCAAUUGGUAUCACGCCACACAAAGGAAUAUGUAUUGCAGAUCCCAUUGACGUAGAAGCGUAUAGAAGUUUUUUUAUUCAACUGGACAUUCCAUACAGCGCAGUUCGUCUAGAAAACUUUGAUGUUAAAGCUACUAUUUUCAAUUACGAACCUCGUAAAAUAAAGGCUAAAAUCUACAUAGAAGGUAUUAACAAUGUGUGCCUCAACAGUAUGCCCAGCAUGGGAUCCCCUAGUAGGCAGAUUACAUUGGAACCUAAUAGUGCCAAAACUGUCAAUUUCCCAAUGAUACCAUUGCGACAAGGGAAAUAUCAUAUAAAUGUUACGGCCAUUGUUGCAGAUAAAACCUCGUCAAUGGUAGAUAAGAUCAGAAAGAACUUAUACGUUGUGAAUGAGGGCAUUCAAGAAGUCGAAUCAAUUCAUGUUUGUUUGGAUCCAAAACAUAGAAAGAAUGACUGCAAAAAUCACGAAUCGGUAAAAGAUGAAAUUAAAGAAGGCAAACAACAAUUCACGAUUAAUCUUACAAUUCCGAUGGAAAGCAUUUUCGGAACAGAACAAGCCGAUGUGCAUAUCUAUGCUGAGGUUAUGGAUAAUAUUGUUACGACAAUUAUAGAAGGUGUCGAUACCCUUUUUAAAGAACCGAAAGGCUGUGGGGAACAGAAAAUGGUUGCGCUGGCGCCAACAGUUUAUGCUAUGAACUAUUUAAAGCGCACAAAACAGAUGACAGACGUGUUAUUAGAAACAGGAAUUAACUGGAUAAGAAAAGGUGUAAGUGAUGAAAUUGCGGAAUAUAGGCAAGAAAAUGGUUCUUAUGCAGUAUUUCAACAUGAGCCUCCAAGCAUAUGGUUAACAGCGUUUGUUGCUAAGGUGUUCUGCCAAGCAAAAGAAGUGGUUUAUGACGCAGUCAACCAAGAUAGUGAUAUAAAAACGUCAAUAGAUUGGCUGGUUAAUCAAGUAAUGGACAAUGGAUUGUUCCUUGACAAUAUUUCGAAAGUUUUGAAUCAGCAAAUGUUGGGUCAAACGGAUGUAACAGAUUCGACGCUGACCGCAUUUGUUCUUGUUUCGUUAUUAGAAUGUGACAUUCAAACGGAUGACUAUCAUGAAACAAUCCAGAAAUCAACAAAUUACCUGGAAGGAAUAUCAGAAGAAACAUUUAAAAGCGAUCCCUAUCUAUUGGCUAUAAGUACAUACGCACUAUCCUUAGCUAAAAGCCCCGAGAGAUACAAGCUAAAAGGAUAUCUACAUGAUAUUCAGAAGGAUAACAGUGAUGGCAUGUACUGGGGCGAUGGUGAUAACACUCCCGCAUGCGCAAACGCCGUGGAAACAACUGCCUAUGCUCUGCUGGCAAUGAUUUCUUUUGAUGAUAUCAAGAAUAGUUCAAGUAUUGUCAGAUGGCUUACUACUCAAAGAAAUGCUGCAGGCGCAUUUAGGACGACUCAAGACACGGUAGUUGGUUUACAAGCAUUGUCACAAUACAAUAUAGCAACGUAUUCGUCUGAAGUUGACCUCAAGAUUAGAUUUCUGGAUGGUAUUCAGAAAGGUUUUCCGAGAGAAAUACAUGUAACAAGAGACAACGCAAUUAUUAAGCAGUUUAAAAAAAUUAAAGUUAAACGUGGUGAUAAUAAAUUGAUCUUUCUUGUAAGUGGAAAUGGAGUAGCUCGGAUGGAUAUUGAUCUCCGAUAUAAUAGGAAACGAAAUGCUACAAAUUGGGAGCUUUGUCCUUUUGAAAUAACUGAUGUUGAUGUUGAAAAACAAAAUGAUAGUCAAAUAGAUGCAAAUAUUGGAGGCAACUGGGGCUGUGAUAUUUGUGGUCGGUGUGAAAAUGACCCAAAGAUACCCGAGGAUUACAAUGACAUUUUAGAAACGUUUGAGGAGAAGAAUAUUGAAAUUCGGAGUAACUUUGGCAGACGAAAGAGGCGAUCUGUAGAUUUAAAAGACAAGUCACAGAAAAAAACUUGUAUUCGAUUUAGUGUAAGGUCUAGGAAACCUUCUGUUGUGUUUGGUAUGUCUAAUGUCCAUUUUGGCUUGGAAACUGGUAUUGAAGUUGUCGAAGAUGACUUAAAAGAGCUUAUCAAAAAUAAUACAAACAUUGCUAGAUAUGAGAUGCCAUCAAAUGGAAAAGGGUUUAUAGUGUUCUACUUAAUGAAGAUUACUUUUAACGAGACAAAAUUCAUCUUUAGAGUGAUAGAUAAUUUUGAAGGUGACAAAAACUCUAGACAGCCGGCAUCAAUUAAAGUCUACGACUACUAUAACCCAGAUCAACAAUGCUCCAAUAUUUACGGAACUGGUCCAAACAGGGCAGGAAAUGUCGGAAUUACGUGUGGUGAUGCCACUACGGACAGACAAGAAUGCAAAUGUUUGCGGAGUAUGUGUGCAAGGCCAAUUACAAAGGAAAUAAUGAAAUUGAUAGCAGCCCGAAAGAGAAUAGCACCUUUGUUGGUGAAAUAUACUUGCAACUUGGAAAAGUCAAACUAUGCCGUACGUGUGACAAUUGAAAAGGCGGAAACUAUUACCGGUCAACAUGAAAAGGUUGCCAUUGGCAAAGUUAUAAGUAGCAUUAAUACAGGAAGGUUUGACCUUGAGAGAGGAAUCGAAAUUAACUUUUCCUGGGGUAUGAGCUGCAAUUGGCCAUUAUUAGAAGAAGGAAAAAACUAUACUAUUAUCGGAAUGGAUUACAAUGCGAUUAAGAUCACUGAAGAUGAAAAAAUAAAAUAUCAAUAUCAGUUAGGAGCUACUGCUUUGAUUCUCGAAGAAAAAAACAAAUUUCGCCGUAUACGCAACAACUACUACAAGAAAAUGGAAAAUGGGUGUAGUGAGUAAGCAAUCUGUACAGCAUGUUAAAGAAUGUCAUGUACAAAUUAAUUGCGCGUGUUAUAUUCAUGGUGAUAUAUUGAAUAAUAUUUGCAAAAAAGACAAAUACUUGAAAAAAAGUUGGAAUGGUUAUAUUUAAUAAAGAUGCAGAUUGAUUUCAGAUGUGACCAAGACAUUCAAAUAUAUGAUGUAGCAAUGAAUUACAAGAACGAGAUGCCGUGUUGUUAUAUACUUAACCUUGCUUUUAGAGUCUUUAGCGACAAAAUAUGUUUUUGCCUUUUUAUUAGAAAACAAUUGUACUUCAUUCUAGAAAAAUAUUAGCAAAUAUGUAAACUAUUUGUAUAACUGCUCUAACAUUGACAUUUUUUUCCUUCCUUGACAUAAUAGUCAGUUCACACUUAGAUAUUCAAGUCCUAAAUAACAAGUAAUAGAAACAAAAAAGUAACUGUUUGAAAUACAUUUACUAUGACUAGAAACAAAAAAGCGUUUUAAUGGCCGAUAAAACUAGGUCCCGCUAUGCAAUGUCACGCUAAUUCAUUCUGCAUUCUUGCCGAUUGUUUUCAGUUUUGCACAAAACCAUCAAAUUAGUAAAACAGUUCUAAAUAUAAUUGAAAUUAAUGGCUGAAUGUCUUAAAUAGUAUUUUAUUCUUUUUGCAAAUGAUUAUAUCAUAAGAAAAGAAACAAGAAAACACAACAAAAACAAGUGCAUGGAAGAAAUAACACAAAAUGUGACAUACAGUGAAAUAAAAUAUUGUAGCAAUCAUAAACUGGAGACAUGCAUUUUGAUUAAUAUUUUGAAGAAAUGUUGUAGAAAUCAUAAACACAAGUUAUAAAGUAAGACAUUUAUUAUGUACACAAAAUAUGAAGCAACGAAAUCAUGUCAUAGAAAUCACCUACAGAAGAAAAAAGUUUUGUGAAUUAUCUUGCAGAUAUGACAAACACAAGCACACAUAAAUGAUUAUGACCAUCAUGUUGUACGCAAGACACCACUUAUGAACACCAUUUUACAGAAAUUAUAAACCCACAAAAUAAUGAAUGGUCAUCAUCAUGUACUAAUAAUAGACAAGCGAAAUGUAGAAUGUUUACAAUGUUCAUGUUCAAAACUAAUAAUUUAACAAUGCAAACAUGUCUACAAACACUUAGGUUACAAAUAGGCUAAAAUGCAUCGAGCUUUUGUUCAGCAUGUGCGUAGCUUGUGUUUGGUCUAUGCUUAAUUCAUGAUGAUAGAAGAAGUGAUUUAUAUUAGGGCUGGGAAUGAAUAAGGAAUUUGAUAUCCAAAUAUUCGUUUUCCAUAUUCGAAUAUAUUCGAAGUUCGUUUUUACAACAUUUGUUCCAAUAUUUCUCUUUUACGUAUACGUAUCCGGAAUUAAUUGCGUCGAAUACUAUACUACUUUAAUAUGCUUUGAAUAAUCGACGAUUAAAAUGCCUUUAUUACUUGUUUUUAUCUUAUAUAUUGUAAGUCGACAUAUAUGUUUACUUUUGAAAUAAAUUCAUUAUUUGAUUGCAUUUUGUUCAGUUAAUCCGACUGCUGAUCAUUUUUCUUUUUAACGGGAGGUAACUCACGUGACUUGAUUGACAGGAAUAUGAAUCACCGUACCCUCUUAGCAAUAAUGCAUAAUUAUAUUGGAACCUAACUUGUAUUUAAUAUUUCUUUUUUAUUUAUUUAUUACUUUAGAUAAGGUUUAAAAUAUUCUUCAGAUAAAUUUAGCUUUAACGCAGUAAAUAUCACACGGAGUCUAAUUUCUACGGAAUAAAUAUAUUCCGACGGAAUAAAGACACUUACCAUGCUUUCAUAAAGCACCGAUUAAUGCGUGUCGAUUUUUUCGUCCUCGAAAAUGUUCUAAUAUAAUUCCCGGCCCUAAUUUAUUUAUCUCAAAUGCAGUUAUGCUAAGUGCAAUAAAUGCAUAAUAAUUCAGUCAAUUUGUGAAGAAAAAUAAUACUUCAGAAAUGGGAAAAGCACCAAACUUGUUACAAAUAAACUUUGGGCUAUAUAAGCCCUAAUUUAUGUAUCUCAAAUGCAGUUAUGCUAAGUGCAAUAAAUGCAUAAUAAUUCAUUCAAUUUGUGAAGAAAAAAAAUCAGAAAAUGGGAAAAGCAACAAACUUGUUACAAAUAAACUUUGGGCUAUAAUAAGAAAAAAUGAGCAUGGGACCCUUUUCUGAAAAUCCAAUAUGGUCAAAAAAUCCAAGAUGGCCACCAUACAUGUUUAAAAUUUUAUAAAUGCUUGUUUUUACUAAAACGACGUAAUAAAUUAUAACAUAUUAGCGACUUAUGAAGUAAUUAUCAGUAUUGAAAAAUUGCCUUGUCUUCCUAAAGCUAUAUGUUUAAAAUAUUUCAUUAUUUCUGUUUGUUUUGAUUUUCCUGUUUUCUAAAGAUAUUGAAAAAUCAUUUUUAACGUUCUAUGACUUUUUCAUUUACAAUGCUCACUUCACAAGUACAUACUAACACAGUUAAAAUUAAAGUUUGUAAUGUUACGUCAAAGAGUUCAUAGAUUAUAUCUGGGAUGUGAACAGGACUGCGCUUCCUUAUCUGCCCUGUGAUUAAAAGAAAUAUAAGCUAACUGGCGUAAGAUUUUAAUCUUUAAUAAUUUCAAUUGUCAUAUCAUAUUUACAUUUUAUCAAUGAAUUUGAUUUCGACACAUCUUUGUUAAAUUACUACAUAUUGGUGUUUGAUUGUGUAGCUCCUUGUCCGUUCAUUUUAUGACUCAUUACUGCUUAAAAUCAAUCUUUGCCUUCUUAAAGUUUCAAUAUUGCUAGAAUACUCCCACUGUCAACUUUAAAUAAAUAAAAGUGCCUUUUGUGACAAAAAAUAUAUGUGUGGUUUGUUUUU